AUGGAUGGACGACCGCGUAAGCAAAGCAAUCGCGCAAAAGAAAUGCAAAAAAAAAAUCGUGUAGGCGAGGGUAAGCGAGAAAGUCACGUAAGAGAUGGAAUUAUGACCAAGUGGCCGCCACUUCAACAGUUCUACGUAACACUUCCCACCAUUAACAUGAAAUAUAAUUCGAAUUUUGAUUAUCAAGGUAAAAUUGUGGAAAAUUUAGAAAAACUGCACACUCUUCGUGUUUAUUCACAUUCGAAAAAAUCCACAAAUAAAGCAAAAGGAAAAACAUUUUACCAAAAUAAAUGGAAUGUAAUAAAAGAGCAUUUACAAUGGCAGCCAGUAAAGCAGACGCAACAACCAGCAAAGCAGCCCCAACAACCCUUGAAAGAAUUCUUGAAAAUUCAUGGAGAAAUUUCCGUUCAAGGCAAACCACCAAACAAGGAUGAGCUUUUGGAUAUUUUAACACGUACUCAACUGAUGGAACAUACGCUCAUGAAAUUAGCCAUGAUCUUGGUGAACUUUCGUCGCAUGCAGCUAUUUGUAAUAUUUGUUGGCAAUGCCUUGUCCAUAGUCUUUAAUGCCUAUAACUUGGCUGACUGUUUAUUGGAAAUGGCCUUUAUGGGAACUUCGAGCAGCUCGCUUAGUGUAGGCAUGUUAGUGCUCUUCUAUGGAUUUUAUGUUCUUACUUCAUUUUUGAAGACUGUGAUUGUGGUCGUUGUUCAUCACAGUGUUUAUGAACAGAUCAGAAAGGCUGGCAGCAUUGUGGACGAAUGGAAUAUUUAUAUUACGGAUGACGAUAUUAAGCAAAGGCUUUCACAGUUCUCUUCAUUCGUCUUCAACAACUUGAAAGAAUUCACUGUAUACGGCUUCUAUGAGCUGAAUGGAGCCCUAAUACGAUCUCUUAUAUCAGGCACCGCCACUUACAUCAUUAUCCUUAUACAAUACAAUGGUGAUGGAGACAGUUUAACAACUCACCCAAAUAAUAGCAGCCAUGUAUGAAAAAGUGCCCCACAAAAACUCCACUAGGAGUUUUCCCAAAAAAAGCAAAGAAAAACUGCAGCAACAGUAGACCGUUAAACACAUGGCUGCUGAUAUGAUGCCCGAGGAAAAAACCCAUAAAUCUUCAAAUCUGCUUAAAACUUCUGAGAAAAAACCGAUAAUAAAACAUAGAGACAGACGGACACCUUAACAUUAAAAAAAUAAAAAUUUAUAGACCAUAAU